AUUAUGGAAUAUUCGGGAAUAAAAAAUUAUAAUUUUAUUUAAUGAUUUUUUAGAUUUAAUCCUUUCAAUAACGUUGAUUUUUUUUAUAAAAAUAUAUAGAAUAUUUUAAAAUAUCUUUAAAAUGGAAAUAUUUUUCAUAAACCCUAUGAUUUUAAUUCUAAUGUUUUGUUCUUAUCCAGGAUAUGUCCAGGCACAUUUCUAUGGAAAAUUUAGGGAGAGUUCAUCUGGAAUAUCCAACAAAUAUCCAUUCAAUUAUGACAAAGGCUUUUUAGGUGACUUAGAUUACAAGGAUGAAUGCAGUAAAAGGUGUAAAAUAUCGGAAGAUUGCUGCAGAGGAUUUACCUGCAUGAGUUCAGUGAUACGAAAUGCUUUUACGGAAGGAUUGGGACUCUGUGUUCAAGAAAAAAAGGAUAAGGAAGGUAUUGCAUGUAUACGUGAUACGGAUUGUUAUCCUUAUGAGUGCAUUGAAAUGAAAACCAUCUUUCCAACUUUAAGGUUUUGUCAAAAGCCUGAAAUUGUGAUAAACAAUCAAAUUGACCCGUUUAGAAGCUCAAAUAUCAUGAAAAAACAAUUUAACGAUAAUUGUCAAACUAGUCAAGAUUGCAAUCAAGAACAAGGUUUAUGUUGCUCUAGGGUUAGGAUUCAUCGGCAACCACAUUCCCUGAAAUGCAUGUAUAAGGAAUCUGUCAAAUGCGUGGAGGGCGAAGAUAACGAAACGGAUGGAGUUAUAAGUGAAGUUGGGUCCUAUGGGGUUAAAGGCGAAAGGAAGGCUAAUGCAAUGAGUCGAUUUUUCCCUAUGAGAUUAAGACCUUAUUUUAGAUGAAUUUAUAAUCAUGACCAUGAAUAGACGAUUGUCAAAAAAGGAAAUUAAUAUUUUUUUAUGUGCAAUUAUUAUUAUUGAUUCUUUUAAGAAAUUUACAAAAUAUUAAUAUUUAACGUAUAUCCCGUGAUUUGCAAUAUUCCAAUAAUUGUUAAUUAUUGGAACAUAUUGAUAUUUAUAUGAUAUAAUUCAUUGUGCUCAUCAUUUA